GCUUAAUGGUGAAUAAAGGCAAAGACCUGUAUCAAUAUGAACCAUGCGUGUGAAAAGCAAUAUUGUACAGGUAUAGUAUAAGUCGGAGAUUGUAGCAAGUAUCCAUAACAACCACGCUGCGUCUUAGUUUCUAUUGAUGUGAACAAGACUGGUGAUUCAGGCAUUGUCGCUUACCCUUCCUCGUGUACCAUCAGGUGUACAAGCGGAUUAAAUCACACCGGGGUCUUUCAUCUACAGGCAGAGAGAUGGCUGAAAUGAAAUGCUGUGUUCUUUGAUGUUCUGUGCUGGACUGACAGUAGUUUUAUGAAUCGGAUGAUGACAGAGAUCAAAUGGCAACAACGGACCCAAGAGCUUGUUACAAAAUAGCCGUGCAGAACAUACUAACCGGCAAACUACAGGACAUCCCAGAGUUACCGAGACAGACGGUCAACAUUUAUGUGUGCUCCAAUUAUUCAGAGUUUGAAGUUGAAAGAGCGGCACUUCUGAAAGACACAUUUCCUACUCUCCAGUAUCAUUGCCUGAAAUACGGCAUAGACCUGCACUGGGUAGACGUUCAUCAUGCAAAUCAGAUUGACCAUGCCAAAAACACGCACAUGUUUCAACGUCAUAUGUCCACUUUGGAAGAAUGCCACAGGAAAUCAUCCGGACCUUUCUUUAUUUGCUUACUUGGAUCAAAGUAUGGUAAAUGUCCAUUGCCAAAUUACCUUGACGAAGCCGAAUUUACACAUAUUAGGAAUGAGGCAUUUGAAGGUGGAAAAGACAUUAGACAACUUGAUGAAUGGUACGUCAAAGAUGAAUACUCUGUUCCUGCAUUGUAUAAACUGAAACCAAUCCAAGAUGUCUCCAAAAAUAGAAAGCUGUGUGUCAAUCAGAGGGAACAUCAGCAGUCUGUGGAAGAAGAAUCUAUUUACUCAAGUUUAUUGGACAUCAUUCAGUAUGGCGCCAAAAUAGCCCACGACGAAGGAAAUAUAAAUCAAGUUCAUAUCCAAAAGCAAGAAAGAUUUUUUACUUCAGCCUUUGAACAAGAGGUCGCUUUGGCUCUGAAACUUAACUGCAGACAAGGAGUUUUCAUCUUUAGAAAUAUUGACGAAACCAAAGAUAAAGAUGACAAAGUCUCUUUGGCUGACCUUUCUCAAAAGGAUAAGGAGGACCAAACCAAUCAGGAAAAACUCAACAAUCUGAAAUAUGAGGUAGACUCAAAAGUUCCCAGGACAAAUGUGUUUUCUUUUACGAUUGCUGCAAAUAAUUCUGAGGUUUCUUCAGAAAAUCCGGAACAUGUAACUUAUCUAGAAAACAUGACAGCUGCAGUAGCCAUGCGACUGAGAGAUUUAUUUGAUGAAAACGAAAAGACCAAGCUUUGUUUUCCAUCGACGAAGAAAGGAGAACUCUGCUUAGAAACGUUAGUACAUUUACAACAUUGCAAUGAAUUACUAAAAGUAUAUAACGGAAGUGGGUUGGAGAUUAUCCUAUCUAAGAUACAAAUGCUACUCAUGAAUGGAACUAAGGCUGAACAUCAACUUAUCAUUGUAAAAGGAGAUCCUGGUUGUGGAAAGUCACAUUUUCUGUCGAAAGUUUGUUUUCGUGCAAGAGAACUUUUUGGCAAAGACACAAUACUUAUACCAAGAUUCAUCGGAAUUACUCCUAAAUCAAAAGAUAAACAGAAGAUUUUGAGGGAUAUUUGUGUUCAACUCAAUUUUGUUUUACAACAGAACAUUUCUCUUGAUGAAUAUGAUGACUCCCACCUCACAAAUUACUUUUAUGGUCUUGCAAACCGCAUUUCCAAAGGCCAGCGCAAUCUGGUGAUAAUGUUGGAUGGCGUUGAAAAUUUAGAGAACCUAGUAAAUGGUGAACACCAGUCAAUGAUUGACUGGUUUUCGGUCAAACUACCCCCAAAAGUUCAUCUCAUCAUUUCUUACAGACCGAGCGGAAAUUACGUUUUCCAAAAACUUGAAGCCAAAAGAAACAAUGUAGUAGAUAGCAUGAUAAUUUUUCCGAGUUGGACAAGCGAGCGAAUCCGAGAUGCUUUAUUGUUUAUACUUUCAAAACACAAGAGAGUGAUUGCCAAAAAUAAAGAAAAGUUGAUAGUAAGUCAUCUUCUUAAAGCGUCUCCAUUUGUACUCCAACAUGUGCUUUGUCUCAUGAAAGACGAGCGCGUGGACAACAAUGUUAUUAACAAUCAUUUUCCUAUUUCGAAUGAAGAAAUAGUGCACAAAAAAUUGGACCAGCUGGAGUUUAAAUUUGGUAGUGAGAUCGUGGAAGCGGUGUGUCGAUAUAUCACUCUAUCAAACCUUGGAUUAAGUGAAACUGAACUCUUAGACAUAUUGUCCUGUAACAAUGAUGUUGCAUUGUCAAUUUUAAGGUCAAGUAAUUCCGAGUUCUUUCGGUUCCCUUGGUACAUAUGGAUACACCUUAAAAACGAGAUAGGUUUGUUACUAGCGCAACGUUAUGUGCACAGAAAAGUUGUAUUUUGUUGGUCGCAAGGAUUUGUGGAAGAUAUCAUUCGAAGAAGGUACAUGGCAAAUGUAGACAGCAUUUGUGGUAUACACUCGGAUCUAACCGAACUGUUUUUGGAGACGUGGAUAGAAGGAAAACGAGUUCUUCUUAAGGAGAAUGCAACAUUGAAAGAGGAUGUGCAAAGAUACGUUUGUCAUCAACCCUUAUUGUACAGCGAGACAAAAUAUAACAAAAGAAAAAUUAACGAACUUUGGAUACAACUUCUACAAUUAGGUGAUACUAGACGUCUUAAGGAAUACACCUUGUGUAACUUUGAGUAUUUGCUGUCAAUGAUCGAUUCUUCGUCAGUAAACACGGUUCUUCAGAAUUUCCGACUAGCCAUGUCCAGACUCGUUGAUGCUGAAAUCUUCCUGAUUUAUAACUGCUUGUUAAAAUCAUGCCCCGUGCUGAUGCGACAACCUACACAAUUAGCCAACGAGCUAAUUGGUUACUUGAAAGAAAUCAAAGACUAUUUUCCAUUAUAUGUUGAACCUCUUGUGACCCAAAGUAUGCAGUGGUGUGAUACAUAUAGCGAGCCAUUAUUCAUUCCUAUGACGUCAUGGUUACCCAGUCCGUACCUGCCUCUUGUUGCUUCAUUGGAUUGUGUAGAUGGCGCCAACCUUAUCGCACCACUGCGCAAUAAUCAACAUAUCCUCUGUUCAUAUGGUCUCCUUGAUAUUGCGAUGUACCAUGUACCAUCCAAAAAGUUGCUCAAGUUGUUUUCUGGCCACAGAAGCAGUGUAAGAUGCAUUAUUCUGUCACACAAUGAGCAAUAUUGUAUCAGUGGUUCAGAAGAUUGCACCAUCAGGUUCUGGAAAUUUGCUGAAGGAUUGUGCACUAGAGUCAUAAGAGAACAUCUUGGGGCUGUUCUUUGUCUGACGAUGACCUCGGAUGAUGACAUCAUAAUAAGUGGGUCUGAUGAUACAACGAUUGUCGUGUUCUCAGUCAUGAGUGGAAAACGAAUCGAUGUUCUGAAAGGACACACGAAAGCUGUGACGGCAUUGAAGCUGAAUAGCAAUGCUGACCUUCUAGCAUCAGCAUCUCGUGACACUAAGAUAAUUGUUUGGUGCAUGCAAGAAAAGGUCCAACUGCUGUCGGUGGAUGAUAUUCAUUCACCAAUUUCUUGCAUGGAUUUGACAAUGGAUAAUACAUUUUUGCUUGCAGGCUGCGAGGACAGCAGUCUAAAUGUACUGUCAUUCACCACGGGGUCUUGGAUUCAUCAACUUAAAGGCCACAAAGGAUGGGUAAGGUCUUUAGCUCUGGCUAAUAACUGUAACCACGUGUUUGCUGGCUGCCAGGACAACCUGAUUUACCUGUACAAUUUUCGGACCACUGAACUGUUAGAUGUCUUCAACGGUCACACUUCCUCGGUGACGGAUAUCAGAAUUUCCAAGGAUCAGUCGCUCAUCUUCACAGCAUCCGAGGGAAAGAUAAAUUUAUGGAGUUUUUUGCCCAAAAUGACAAAGCACAUCAAAAGUGACGAACAUAAAUGCAUGAUAACAUGUGUGGCAGUUACGAGUGAUGGAAAAAUCGGAAUGUCAGGGGGUACUGAUGGCGAAGUAAAGCUAUGGGAUCUGGAGACAAAUACUUAUUCAGAAAGCUUUCUUGGUCACAGCGGAGCUGUUGCUAGCAUAGAGCCUGCUUCUAAUGGUGCGUUUACAGUCACAUCAGCGGAAGACAGGAAAAUCAAAGUCUGGAGUAUGACUCUGGCUAUCGUCAUUACAAACUAUGAGAAACAUGACAGUUUUGUUCGACAAAUUAAGAUAAUAGAAAAUGAUAUGCAAAUUUUAUCCUACGAUGUUAUGGGGCAUUUCCACUUGUGGCAAGCUGAGGAUGGAGCGACUCUUAUAUCGUUUGACAGACAUGCAUUUACAUUCAUUUUAUCUACAGACUGUCAACUUCUUGUUACAGCAAGGGGAGAUAACUGUGCACGAGUUUGGAAGACGAAAUCAGGGACUUUGGUCACUGGGAUAUGUCAUUCGGAGAAGAUCACGUGCAUGUGUUGUGAUAUCAGAGACAAAUACCUUGUGACCGGGUCAGAGGAUAAAUCUUGCAAGGUGUGGGACCUUACCACUGGAAAACUCACACAGGUCUUAGUCGAGCACAGUACAUGUGUAAUCAAUGUAACCAUCAAAAGUGAUAGUAGCACUGUCAUAUCAGGGGCCAGCGACGGGUGCAUCAUGGUUUGGGAGGUAUCCAGUGGGGAGUGUAUACAUAAACUAAAUACCCACACGUCAUGUAUUACCUCGCUUAAAUUUCUGUCCAACGAACAAUUUGUCAUAUCAUCGUCCAAAGAUGGAACCAUUAGACUAUGGGAUGUGGUUUUGGGUCUGCAUGUAGCAAUGAUCGACAUGCAUCACCCGGUAUUGAGUUGCAGUAUGUCGGAGAACUGUUGUAGAUUCGUCGUUCAUUUAGAGAACUGUAAGCGUGUGCCGUUGCUAUGUCUACAUAACUGUCCGGAACCUACCAACUCCUCUACGUCUGAACCGAACUUCAGCUAUACCAAUAGAAAUGAAGACACGAGUCCUAUCUUACCAAUACAUCCUAAGAUUUCAUCCUGUGAUCGGUACUCUAUAUUAUACCCGGUACCCAAAAGAUCUAACCCCCGCGUGUCCACCGCCUCACCUUUACCUGAAAUAGUCAGACUUUCGCCAAUCAGGGCACCAAAAAAGUAUCAGACUAAGUCAACAAAACGAACGCAUCUUAGGGUAAAUAUGCCCAGCCGAAGAGGAAAUCCGAGCUCCAGUGCUUCGGCGCUGUGUACAAUUGUUUGACUGGGCGACGAUCGACGCUACAUUACAUCAAUAUGAACAUUUUUGCAUGAUAAUAAAAAGAAACUAAUCUCUCAUA